UUUGUUAUUGUAUUAACUUAUUGAAGUCCAAGAGACAAUUAUUUAAAAGGACUUUACUGUUGUGUUCGUUAAGUUAUUAUUGAAAGUUAUAAGUUAUUGAAACUAUUUUAUAUUCUCUGAUACGUUACGUGAAUCAUGAGAGUUAAUGGCGGUAUUUUCCUACUGAAUUGAUGACUGUUACUCUGAAAGUUCUCUCGGUAUUGGACUUUAAGUGUUUACAUCAGCGACUCAAUAUUUAUGUCAAUUUAAGUUAUUGAAGAUUGUGUGAACAUCUCUCAAGAUUAUUCGGAGCGUGGUGAUGCUGGUCAUGCGUUGAUGGACCGCUCUGGUUGAUCAUGAACGUGUGUGUGCCUUGGUGUUUUGUAAUCUGACCGAGUGAUGCAUCGAAAUCAGUGAAAGAAACCUUUGAUGUAUAAAACCUGUCUGAACGAACCCCUUGAUUCAUAGAAGACAAGGUGAACGAACCCCUCGAUACAUAGAAAACUCAGUGAAAGUGAUACACACAGUCAGCAGGGACGUGUGUGUGACCAAGGGGGUGGCAGGACGCUGAGUAUAAACCAACAUGCCUGGUAUAGGGUCUGAGGCGUGGGCGUGUGGGCAGCCAGUGUUCUACAACGUGUGUAUAUCCCUGAGGCAGAUGUCUGGCCCUAUCAUCCACGAGCACCCGCCCGCCGCCACGCCCACUACCACAACCACUAGGGAGUCUAGUCCCUCCCAUGCCCCUUCCACUACACCCCUACCCACCCAGCCCACGCCCGUCAUGACGCAGCCCACAGCCGCCAAGCAUCACAAGUGUGAGUGUGGGAACAAGUGUGAGGUAAAUACUAGUGUGGGUGACCAUGGGCGCUGUUGUGGCCCACCAAGAAAGGACUCUGGUGAGAAGAGUAGCGGUGAAGGCGUCUACGUGGGGACGACAGAGGCAUUACAUCGGACAGUAAUCACGGUGACGGGAAGAGACAGAGACAAGACAGCUCAACAGGAUGGUGCCGCCCUCGCAUCUGGGGACACCACGUCCGGGCGACGCUACAGCACCGUGGUCAGUCUGGGGACGUGUGGACGCGCACUCUGUACCACUCGCGCCCUUGACGACCCCACACAAGCCCUGGAUGACCCACCACCACGCCUGGAGGAGGAGACUUGUGAUCUGGAACUGAUGCUGCUGAGGAAGGUGAGCCACACCAGCGACUACAGCCUCAGCUCCCGCUCUGACUCCUCUGUCACCUCCACCUCCCCCACGCCCACACCCGCCCAUCAUCACCAAGACCACACCCAAGACUCUGACUACUUCGGGUCAUCCUGCGAGGAAGAGGAGGAGGAGGAGAAGGAGAGAGACAGUGAAGAGGAUAGUGACGAUGAGGACGUGCAGGCCACGUUAAGGGCGGCCAUGGCCAGACUACGGGUACAGGAGCAACGUCUGGGCCUGGGUGUCCGCCGCCCACACGCCUGGAGGAGACGAGCGCCCAUAAAGGAGUAUGACCUGGAGCAGAGGAUCGCGUUGGAGAUCAAGAUGCGUGAGGGGACCACCAAGCUCCUAGCAGCAUGUGGAGCCCAGGGUCCCCGCGCCAACCUUCCCCAUACCCUAGAGGCCGCCAAGAACCUCCUCACCUCCAACGAGCGUAUGACUGCUUACAUGGCCGAGCUGCAGAGGAGGAGGAACUCCUCCAUCCCACACGACGGAUCACAACCAUCUCUUGCUCGAGUGUGUCUGUCAGACCUCCGCAUGCCACUCAUCUGGAAGGACAGUGAUCACUUCAAGAAUAAGGGCGACUACCGUAGGUUUGCCGUGUUUGUGCUUCUGAAGAUUGGCACGGAGAUCUACGACACAGUCAUGGUCAACCCCGUCGACCGCUCCAUGACUGACAUCUGCUUUGAUGAUAUUAUUGUUUUCAACAACAUUCAGUCCAAUUUUGAUUGCAAUCUUGAGGUAUACAGCCAUGUACUACAGAAUGACCUGACCAUGGCCAGCACUCCUCGCAAGCUCAAGAGAACCUUACAUUCCUCCAUAUCACGCACAGUGGGGCGCAAACUGGCGGCUUCACUGAGGGACGAGUUGUCCAACGGAGAGAUGGGUCCAAAAUUUGAGUUGGUAGCUACAGCCAAGCUUAGUCUAGAUAAUGUAUCCAACAACACAGCAACAUUUGAUCUUGCCAUGGAGAAUAUUGAGAAUCAAGUUAGUCAGUUACCACUGUUUGGUCACUUCUGUUGUCGUCUGGCAGCCCAGCCUGAUUGUUCUACACAGGAGAGAAUUGCUGGUUAUGCUCAUGUUCAAGAAAGUGAGCACCAGCAGUCGUGGUGUCGGGUAUCUGGGUGGCAGCUGGAAGUGUGGGGCAGCAAGGAAGAUGCACACCUCUCCCCUCACCAUCCCCUCUCACUCUCCAUUGACAGGACCACAGAGAUAACUCAGAGUGGAAAGACUGUGACUGUUGCCAAUACAUCUGGAUUUGACCGAGGACACCUAACGCUCACCUUGGAGACUCCAAAUGAAGCUGCUAACUGGCACAGAUGUCUACAACAACAUGUAGCUGAUCACCGCCACUGGGGUCCUGCUGCAGAGGAAGAAAUGGAAAUACUAACACCACAGCCAACACGACACAACUUCAUCGUCCCAAGAAGAGGGCGUUUUGCUUCACUUUAUGAAGAAACUCCUCUAAGAGAUGGUUCCCCUGGAUCAGAGAAGUCUUCUUUUGAUGAUCUAUAUGGAUCUUCUGCCUUUGUCAACAACUAUUGCACUCCUGCCCAGAUUCCCCCAAGACCAAGAGCACUAACUCUCUCCUCACGCUCAUCAUUCAGAAGAUGGGGUUCAGUCAAGUGUAAUAUGCCUUUCUUUAAGAGCAAGAGUUAGGGCAUUGUGUCUUGAUGUCUCGUGACCUUAAGUGCAACAAUAUCUUGGCAGACUUUCUUUCAUGUACAUAUUCUAUAUUUACUAUUUGCAUAGGAAGGAAUUUGUUUAAAGUUAUUCAUUAUUGUGUCUCAGAAAGUCUUCAUUAAAAUUUUGUUUUUG